AUGACGCACUGCUGCGUGACAAAGUUUGUAGAGGAGGGCUUGGGCUCCAAAGACUUGGUAGUGUUGACCAAAUUCAUUUCGGCUGUAGGUAGACGGUGGUCGAUGUUCUACGUCAGGGUUUCCAUCUUCACUGGGCUUUCCCGCCCUCCUUGCUUCCAAUAGUGGGAGUAGAGCGUAAACUCCUUUGAUGGCAGUGAGUGUGCGUCGAGUAAUCAAACUAAGGAAGAUACACCAAGCAAACAACGGCUUCGUUUUCUUUUUCUCGCUCUUUCCCCUUUCCCAUGUGCCAUACCCACCCCCUCAGCGAGAUGUUGUAGCUGAGUAAAGUUCGCUUCU